UGUUAAAAACAUAAGCCGGAUUAUGCAUGUGGUUAAUCCAGAGGUUGUUUUAUUUGACCACUUUUCUAUUUUACCGUCUUUCCUGCUUUUCCGUAGAAUACGCCGAGUAGCUACGUAGCCUUUAUUGCUCCGCCCUCGACUGCUGCAGUUCCCCUUAAACGCAACGAAAUACACCUCUGCACGGGACAGGCUGCAAAUUAAAGUCACUGGUAACCCGCUUUUCAUCGCAAACAACGAGCUCCUAUCUGGAAUUCAGCAGGGUCUAUGAAGGAAUUUUAACAUGGAUUAAUAAUCAUACCCUCUCUGCGGGACGACUUGUUUGGACGCAGCGUCCACAUUAGCCCCACAAUGUAUCCGACGUUACGGACGUCUUUACUAUCAAGUGCCCGGUGCUGGGAUGCCGACAGUGAGAGGUCAUACCAGGACCUGUUUGAGAGGCUCGAUACCAAUAAAGAUGGGAGGGUGGAUGUCGCUGAAUUGCGCGCGGGCCUCAAGGCAAUGGGCAUAUUCCGCCAGGGUGCUGCACAGAAAAUUGUGAUGUCUGGUGACCAGAACAAAGAUGGGAGUCUGGACUUCCACGAGUUCACCAGGUAUCUGAAAGAGCACGAGAAGAAGCUGUGGCUGACAUUCAAGAGUUUGGACAGAAACAACGAUGGGCGCAUUGAUGCCUCAGAGAUCCAGCAGAGCCUUGCAGAGCUGGGCACGAAUGUCAGCAGAGAGGAUGCCCUGAAAAUCUUGCACAGCAUGGACAUUGACGGCACCAUGAUGGUGGACUGGAAUGAGUGGAGAGAACACUUCCUGUUAUACCCUGCCCACAACCUGGAAGAGAUCAUACGUUACUGGAAACACUCCUCGGUGCUGGACAUAGGUGACAGCCUUGCCAUUCCUGAUGAAUUCACAGAAGAAGAGAAGAGCUCAGGUGGCUGGUGGAAGCAGCUUUUUGCUGGUGCAGUAGCGGGGGCUGUCUCUCGCACUGGUACAGCCCCUCUGGACAGGAUGAAAGUCUUGAUGCAGGUUCACUCCUCUAAGACCAAUAGGAUUAGCCUAGCAGGGGGUUUCAAACAGAUGAUAACAGAGGGAGGUCUGACUUCACUGUGGAGGGGAAAUGGAAUCAAUGUUUUAAAGAUUGCACCUGAGACAGCAAUCAAAUUUAUGGCGUAUGAGCAAUAUAAGAAGUUAUUAACAUCAGAAGGCAAAAACAUUGAAACACACAAGAGGUUUAUGGCUGGCUCUCUGGCUGGGGCCACAGCACAGACAGCCAUCUACCCAAUGGAGGUAUUGAAAACUCGGCUGACUCUGAGAAAGACUGGCCAGUAUUCAGGAGUUUUUGAUUGCGCCAAGAGGAUUCUAAGGAAUGAGGGUGUUAAAGCUUUCUACAAGGGCUACAUUCCAAACUUACUGGGCAUCAUCCCCUACGCCGGGAUAGACCUCGCUGUUUAUGAGAGUCUAAAAAACACUUGGUUGUCAUACUACGCCAAAGACUCAGCUAACCCUGGAGUUCUGGUGUUGCUGGGCUGCGGGACCAUCUCUAGUACCUGUGGCCAGCUGGCUAGCUAUCCACUCGCACUUGUACGCACACGGAUGCAGGCACAAGCGUCUCUAGAUGCAUCAGACCAGCCCUCCAUGAGUUCUCUGAUGAAGAAGAUUGUAGCCAAAGAUGGUUUUACUGGACUCUACCGGGGCAUCCUGCCAAACUUUAUGAAAGUCAUUCCUGCUGUCAGCAUUAGCUAUGUGGUUUAUGAAUACAUGAAGACUGGCUUAGGAAUCUCCAAAUGACAGUGCAAGCAAAUAAAAAAAAAGGCAUUUAAAAAACAUUUACUGUAUUUGUCAGACUUGAAAAUGUCUGAAAAAAACACCAAGAGGACAGAUGGACAUCAAACAUACAGAGCAUGACUCCCACCAAAUGGCACACAAGUUCAGUGGAUGGAAAACUGCAUGUAUCCCAAUAAGGGUUGUCUGUCAGUAGCUAAAGCACUAAUCAUUUGUAGUGAGCAUGCUUUAAUUUUUAUUCUGCUGUUACACACAACACACUCCCUACAUUUACUCACCAUCCAAAACAAUACUUGACACAAACACAGUACUGUACAUAAAAACAACUUAAAACAUGCAUAAACAGUAGCAAUUAUUAUACAUAACAGUUGGUUAUCGUACUGUUAUUCUUUUAAAACUGUGAUGAACCAAACAGUAGCUCAGUGGGACACACUGUCGUGCUCUUUGUUAACAACAAAGAAAACAUUUUCUCCAGAGAAAUGUGGAGCUAAUCGUAGACUGUAUAAGACGUGGACGUAGCACCCGUGACAUCACGCACUGGUUUCGGGGAGUCGGUUUUGUAACCAAACCAUGGGCAUUUGAGCUGCGCCAUCUUGGAUUUUAGUGGGAGUGUACUUUCCAUAUUUGGCGGAGAGGUGGUUACUACGGGUCAGCCGGCCGAGAACCCGCCCACUUAGCUCGGAGCAAUAUUUAACAUUUACCGGCUUUCACUGUUGCCUCCAGCCACUAUGCCCUUACAGUUACAACA